CAUACUCAUUGCACUUUUGUAUAUGUUGGCGAGUCGCCUUGGUACCAGAUCUCAGCCGCUUCUUGCCAGCUCAUUUUUUCGUACCUUCUAGAGAAGGAACAGCAUUGAGGUCAUCCAACAAAAGGCCAGCUCUUUGUCUAUCGCUUCUUUGUGUUCGCUCCGACCGGAAUACGAAGAACGGCCUGAAAGCAGUGGACUCGGACAUACGCAUCUAGACCACGCACCCAUACCGCUCAUACGCCCAGUUAACAUCAUGGCCACCGAACCGAUCAUUCCAAUGCCUCCUCGCGAGCUGGACGAGAUCAGCCAGCUGGACCAUUCUCUCGUGUUCCCCACCUUCACCUCCAACACAGCAUGGACUCUGGGAUCACUCUUGAGAACACGAUUGAUGGCUUUCGCCAAACCGACAGUGAUCGACAUCAGCCUCGCGCACGGCAACCACUGCCUAUUCCACGCCACGACACAUUCCGGGACAGCUCCCGACAACGAUAUAUGGGUCGCGCGAAAGAGAAAUACCGUGCUACGUUUUGGGAGCUCAACAUGGUACAUGCACAACAAGUUCAAGGGAGAUGAGGUGGCUUUUGCAGCAAAGUUCGGGCUGGGACCAAAGGCUGGCGAUUUUGCGAUCCAUGGAGGUGGAUGGCCUGUGAGGGUGCAGGGAGUCGAAGGCGUGGUAGCUGUAAUCGUGGUGUCUGGGUUGAAGCAAGAGCAGGACCAUGGCAUCAUUGUACAGAUUGUUGCGGAGUACAUGCUGGAACUGGGCAUCGAGAUGGCGGACAAGAAGAAAGAAGACUGA